GCUACUCUAACAGUCCAGAAUCCCCGCUGCUCUCCUCGAUUCCACAAGUGCAGAUGAGUUAAUGCUGCUGCAGAGAUACCGGCGGAGAUCACUGCAAGGAAAGAAAGGAUUCUCACACCUCCUUGGUGUUGACUGCAGUGAUCAGAUCUAGGACUGAUGAUGGACCUGGACUGAUGUGCUGAGCUUUUCUGUCUUCUGCUCUUAAUGGUUGUAUUUUGCUACUUUGAAUCUUCCAUAUCAACACCGAAGAAGGAAACUACUUAUCAUGAAAGGUUUUAGGGCAAUGAUGUAUUACUUCUUAGCGGAUGUGUUUACUUUCCUGUGUUGUGCACAGGUAAAAGGUGGACCUCACUUUGGGAGCACUGAAGUGGUUUCCGACGUCAAUCUGUCCAACCCUGGAGAUCUGGAGUCUUCUGAACCUCCUCAGACUGCUGAGGGAUGCAGGGGGUAUUUUGAUGUCAUGGGGCAAUGGGACCCUCCUUUUAACUGCAGCUCAAGGGAUUUUCUUUAUUGCUGUGGUACUUGCGGCUUUAGGUACUGCUGUCAGUUCAAAGAGGCAAAACUGGAUCAGAGCAUCUGCACGAACUAUGACAGACCUAUUUGGCUGCAGCCAGGAAAGACACCCCCAAAGAUUGACGACCCCUUACACGACCCUACAAGGGAUAAAACCAAUUUAAUUGUUUACAUCAUAUGUGGAGUUGUAGCUGUGAUGGUCCUCGUUGGAAUAUUCACCAAACUUGGACUGGAGAAAGCGCACAGACCUCAGAGGGAAAACAUGUCAAGGGCUCUUGCUGAUGUGAUGAGACAACAGGGCCAUUGCUCGAUAGACCACAUGGAGAGAGAUGCAAACCUUGUAGUUCACAUGCAGCACUAUGAAACCAUGCAAUCCCGACCAUCUGCCAACAACUUACGUGAGUUUUAUUACAUGGACUUAAUUGUUCGGCGAUAA